AUGCUAUCGAACGCCGAGUACUACGAAGAAAUACCAAACAACAGCGAUAGAAAAACAAUGCAGAAAAUUAAGAAUCUUUUAAAACGUCAUAAAACAUCAUCGAGUUUAACAGAAAAAGAAGAAGACUUCUUAAUUGAUUAUGAAUAUAGUGAAAGCAAUUUUUAUGGACUGCCAAUGAUUCAUAAAUCUAGAAAAAUAAAAGAGGCCAUCAAAUCCCAAUGCUCGGAAUACAUAACUUGUCCUUAUCCAGACGAUCUCACUUUCCGACCAAUAGUAGGAGGACCAUCAGCACCAACGCAAAGACUUAGCAAUCUACUAGACAUUCUUCUAAAAUCAUUAUGUUCUGGAGCCAAAAAUUAUGUACAAGAUGACUUCGAUUUUCUCCGCCAUUUACCAGAGAAAGUUGAUAUAAACAGCAAGCUCGUUACGUUGGAUGUCAUAAACUUGUACAGUAAUAUAUCAAGUUGCCUGGGACUUGAAGCCGUGGAAUACUGGAUCAGUAAGGAUCCUGAAAAAAUUAACGGCAGAUUUUCAAGAGACUUUAUUUUGGAAGCAACAGAAAUAGUGCUGACAAAUAAUACUUUCACGUUUAAUGGAAAACAUUUUAAACAAAUAAAAGGAACGGCUAUGGGCACAAAAAUGGCUCCGACAUAUGCCACCUUAACAUUAGGAUAUUUAGAAGAGAAAAUGUAUCAAAAAGUGGGAGAACAAUUCAACGAAGAGGUAAAAAAUUAUAUUUCUAAUUACUGGAAAAGAUAUCUGGACGAUUGUUUUAUUGUAUGGAAAUUCAGCGACAACGAAUUAUCUACCUUUAAAACAUUACUGAACGAACUUAAUCCUGAUAUAAGAUUUACAGCGGAAGAAAGUACGGAUAGAAUUCCAUUUCUGGAUAUUUUGUUAAUUAAGGAAAACGACUUCAUUUUGACAGAUAUCUAUUACAAACCUACAGAUAUGCACCAGUAUCUUCAUUUUAAUUAG